AUGACUUCUAACUUGAUGUUGAUAUCCACAGAUGGUGUGCCAUUUGAGCAUGUGAGCCUGUACAGAUCUGCUGUUGGAAGCCUCCAAUACCUCAUUGUCACCAGGCCUGAAAUUGCGUUCUGUGUCAACAAAGUCUGCCAAUUUAUGCAAGCUCCGCUGGAUAAGCAUUGGAAGGCGGUAAAGCGUAUCCUCAGGUAUCUGCAAGGCACGAGGACCAUGGGGAUUCAUCUAUGCAAACCUACUGAGUUGAUCUUUACAGGAUAUACUGACUCUAAUUGGGCCUUAGACAUUGAGGAUCGCAAAUCCACUGCUGGCUAUUGUGUCAUGUUUGGGCCAAACCCUGUUUCUUGGUGCUCAAAGAAGCAGGCUGCAGUAUCUCGUUCCAGCACAGAGGCUGAGUACUGUGGCAUUGCUAAUGUGGUAGCCGAGCUGCUCUAG